AUGUCUGGAAAAUACGAUAGAAUCAUCGACGCAGAUGACGGAGGCCAUUUCUUCUCCAUCAACUACUACCGCCAGUACUUUGACAUUGACUCUAAUGAGUUUUUGGCCAAAUGCAUGCAUGCCAUGAUUCCGUUCACCAGGAUUUUCGGGGGCAACGAGGCGGUGGACACGACUGGUGAGUUGUACGGAGCCAUCUGGUGCACGGCCACCAUCAUUGUGCUCCUCUUCCUUUCCAACACCGGCUCCAACAUGUUGACAAACUGGGUGAAGCACUCGGAUAUAAAGUACCAGUACGACUUUGCGCUCUUGACAAAGUCCAUAUCAUUGCUUUACGGGUACAUUCUCGUGGUUCCCAUCGUGGCGUACUCGCUCGCCCGCUGGUAUUUCAAGUUCCCCCAGUCCUUGACCUUGGUGCAGUAUGUGUCCAUCUACGGGUAUUCCAACAUCCCGUGGAUCCCUGCCUCUGUGUUGGGCUUGGUUGGUGGGCUCUUGGGCAACCACAGUUUCCUCUCGUCUUUACUCAGAUGGAUCUGUAUCGGGAUCGGCGGCGUUUUAUCCUUAUUGAACAUUGUUUUGGGUAUCUAUCCGAAUGUGAAGAAGAACUUUGCGGAAUUGGGCAAGGAAAAGGUGGCCCUUGUGGAGUUGGCGGUGUUGUCGGUGGUGCACGUGGGGUUCACCAUUGCGGUCAAGAUUAGCUUCUUUGGGGUGUUGAACUAG